AUGCCAGAGUUUAUCCGAGCGACCAGCGCCACCAACGACGACGCCGACGACUACGAGGACGCAGCCGAUUUCCUUCGGUCCCUUCUCUGUUGCGCAAGAGACAAGGACAACAAGCAUCUGAAGAUUCGAAGCAGCAAGCUCUCGUACCUGCCGCAACAGACCCUGUACAGCCAUCAGUCUGCGGAACCUCGCUACACCGCGCAGGAGACUGCGGGAGACUCAGAGUCUCAGUACGCAGGUAUCCUCGAGCAGCCAAGAAGUGAACAAGAUAUGGUCAAACGUACCCCAGCAGUGUACGAGCAAGCCCUGCAGACCUGCAAGGAGAAGCGACCGCUAUUCGCCGAGAUGGGAUCGUAUAAUCGCGAGAUCCGCAGGCUUUCGGAGGGGAUCAAGCAUAUCGAGGCGAUGCAGCUGAUGUGCGGCAAGUCUCGGACCAACGUGGAGCGAGAGAUCAGGAAGCAGAACUUGCAGCAGCAGGUCGGGGAGAGCAUUACUUUGCUGUGGUGGGGAGGUUGA